AUGGCUACCUCUGCCUCCACCGCCCCUGCUCCUGAGAAUGCAGCUCCUCCUCUCACCAACAUACCACCGACGAAAGCUCUAGAUACUAUAGAGGCAGCAAAACGAAGGGCCGCGUACAAGGCAGUAGAAGACCACUUCGACACAUCCUACAAAUAUAUUGGCAUUGGCUCUGGCAGCACCGUGGUCUACGUUGUGGAAGCAAUCGCAGUAAAGGGCAGAGCUGUCACCGACAAGAUGUACUUCAUCCCUACUGGGGACCAGAGCAAACAAUUGAUCAUUGAGGCAGGCCUUCCACUGGGGAGCAUUGAUUCCUUGCCGCCAGUGGAACAAGGCCAUCAAGCAAUUCUGGACGGUGUUUCAGCUCUGCAAGUUGCUACCGGUUUACAAGAUUUGGGCUUAAAGGGGAAGCGUCAAAGUCUGGACGUUGCUUUCGACGGUGCUGAUGAGAUAGAUGAGGAUCUUAAUUGCAUCAAGGGAGGCGGAGCUUGCCUAUUCCAGGAGAAGCUCGUGGCAACAGCCGCCAAGAAGUUUAUCUGCGUUGCAGAUUCCCGGAAGCUUCAGCCUCGUCUUCUUACCAAGUGGAAGUCUAUUCCAAUUGAAAUAGCGCCUCUAUCAGCUCCAACCAUAAAGAGAAUUCUCAUAACUCUCGGCUCGCCAGAUCCUGUAAUUCGUCAAGGAGGCAGUGCCAAAGCAGGACCGGUCGUCACAGAUAAUGGCAUGUGGAUAAUAGAUGCUCCAUUCCCCCCUCUGCUCUUGGUUUCUGAUCUCAAACACGGAGACCAUGGAGAUGGAGAGCAUGGUACAUGGGAAGUUCAUCAUUUGGGUAGAAGACUGAAGAGAAUCGUGGGAGUUUUAGAAGUUGGCCUGUUUCAUGGUAGGAACGGGAUACAGGUUGCAAAUGCUGGCGAGGAAGGAGGUGGACAACGUCCAGUGGCAGCAUACUUUGGUAUGGAGAAUGGUGAGGUCGAGGUUAGAAAUGCCAAAGAGAUCGGUGGGGUGAAGUCACAACCUUGA